AUGACCGCCUUCGCCUCGCGGCUAGCUUCCAAGAUCUCCAAUACCCUCGUCUAUGUGUCAUCUGAUAUUGCCUUCUCCCCCUACGGCAAUCAUUGGCGUCAGGUUAGGAGGCUCGUUACCACUCAUCUCUUCACCGUCAAGAAGGUGAACUCCUACCGGCUCUCCCGGCAAGAGGAGGUGCGCCUAGUGAUCAAGAAGAUCCAGGAGGCGGCAGCUGCGAGCAAGGAGGUGGACAUCAGCGAAAUGAUGAACACGUUCGCCAACGAUAUCGUGUGUCGUGCCGUCCUCGAAGACAACUUCCCAGGGCUAGCGAACGUGUUAGGUUUGCUCACCAGGUGGUUUGUAAGCAACAAGGCCGACGAGGCACACAAAAGAUGGGACGAUUUACUUGAAACGAUAGUAAGCGACCACGAGAGACGAAGAAGAUCUGAGCAUGGGCAUGGUGGUGGUGGUGGUGUUGACCAAGAAGAGAGUAACUUCAUCGAUGUGUUGCUCUCAGUUCAGCAAGAGUAUGGUAUCACUAGAGAUCAUAUCAAGGCCAUCUUGAUGGACAUGUUUGCUGCGGGCACAGAGACUUCAUCACUAGUUCUAGAACUCGCCAUGGCGGAGCUUAUGCGCCACCCUCAGCUCAUGAGCAAGCUACAAGACCGAAGACGAGAGACGCUGAGGUUACACCCACCGGCACCACUCCUGCUUCCUCACCUCUCAAUGGUGGACUGUGACGUGGACGGCUACAGAAUCCCCUCGGGAACACGAGUCAUCAUCAACGGAUGGGCCAUCAGUAGGGAUCCAGAGUCCUGGGAGAGCGCGGAGGAGUUCAUGCCAGAGAGGUUCAUGGACGGUGCCAGCUCCGCGGCCAUUGACUUGAGGGGAAACGACUUCCAGUUUGUGCCAUUCGGGGCUGGGCGAAGGAUCUGCCCUGGCCUCAACUUUGGCCUUGCUACUGUUGAGAUUAUGUUGGCAAACCUCGCCUACUGUUUUGACUGGGGUCUGCCCAUUGGCAUGACGGAAGGGGAUAUUGAUAUGACAGAGGUGUUUGGAUUGUUAGUCCGUCGAAAGGAGAAGCUCAUCCUGCUUCCGGAGCCACAUGCGUGCACGUGUUAG